GUGUCCGGCUCAAGCUCCGGCCGCAGCUCCGGCUCGCGAUGCCCCACUCCGUGACCCUGCGCGGCCCUUCGCCCUGGGGCUUCCGCCUGGUGGGCGGCCGGGACUUCAGCGUACCCCUCACCAUCUCGCGGGUCCAUGCUGGCAGCAAGGCUUCCCUGGCUGCACUGUGCCCUGGAGACCUGAUCCAGGCCAUCAAUGGUGAGAGCACAGAGCUCAUGACACACCUGGAGGCGCAGAACCGCAUCAAGGGCUGCCAUGACCACCUCACACUCUCCGUGAGCAGGCCUGAAGGCAGGAGCUGGCCCAAUACCCCAGAGGACAGCAAGGCUCAGGCACACAGGAUCCACAUCGAUCCCAAGGCCCAGGAUGGCAGUCCAGCAACAAGCAGGUGGCCCUCAGCCACGGGGCUUGGGCCAGAAGAUGGCAGGCCAGGCCUGGGAUCUCCUUACGGGCAGUCACCUCGCCUCCCAGUCCCUCACAAUGGCAGCAGCAGUGAGGCUACUUUACUGGCCCAGUUGGGCACCCUGCACGUGUCUCCACCCCACAGCACUGACCUGGCCAGAGGCCUUUCGCGGAGCCGCGACUGCGGAGUAGACCUGGGCUCAGAGGUGUACAGGAUGCUUCGGGAGUCUGCAGAGCCGACGGCUGCGGAGCCCAAGCAGUCAGGCUCCUUCCGCUACUUGCAGGGCAUGCUAGAGGCCGGCGAGGGCGGGGAACGGCCCGGGCCUGGCGGCCCCCGGAACCUCAAGCCCACGGCGGGCAAGUUAGGCGCUCCGCUGAGCGGCCUGCAGGGGCUGCCAGAGUGCACGCGCUGCGGCCACGGCAUCGUGGGUACCAUCGUCAAGGCGCGGGACAAGCUCUACCACCCCGAGUGCUUCAUGUGCAGCGACUGCGGCCUGAACCUCAAGCAGCGCGGUUACUUCUUUCUGGACGACCGGCUCUACUGCGAAAGCCACGCCAAGGCGCGCGUCAAGCCGCCUGAGGGCUAUGACGUGGUGGCGGUGUACCCCAAUGCCAAGGUGGAACUCGUCUGAGCCGCUCCCGGAACCUCCCGUCCCCGCCUCUGCUUUUUUUAAUGUCCCCGCUCACCCGUGUAAAUAUGUUUACGCCCUGCCUCUCUAAUAAAUUCCCUCUGCU